CAGCAAGCAAGUGUACAAUUCAACGCGCAUGUUCCUGCAUUAAAAAUGGCUGUGCGUAUAAGUGGGUUCUGCAGCAACCGUCAGCUAGAACCAACCAGAAUCAGCAAGGGAGAAUGUCACCAGCACACCGAGGAUCACCAAUAUGGGUCCAAAAGUUUUCAUGAAUGAUCACAUAGUUACAGCAAGGUAAGGUUUCGGAGUCUCGCAGGACCCCUUCAUCAGGCAUUUGACACAUGCUUUUCUGCAGCAUUCCCAUUGAAGUCUAUAUAACCAAAAACACAAUGUUUUGCGUUCAAAAAAGUCCCUG